AUGGACCAGUUGCCAAUCUUUUCAAUGAUGAUUCGCUUUGAUGACCGUUUUCUACACCAUAACUUCGUGUGUGCAUUGCUGAACGAUCUUUUUGGUAUACAAGCUCGUGGCGGCUGUCAAUGUGCCGGUCCGUACGCAGCUCGUAUGCUUGGACUGAAUAUAAAGCAUACAAUUGCGCUAGAACACGCUUUUACGGAAGAAGAUGAAGUUAUUAAGCCGGGUGUCGUUCGAAUGAGUUUUCCGUACUUUGCUGACGAUGCCGAAGUUGAGUACAUUCUUGAUGCAGUGAGAUUCAUAGCCGAAGAAGGAUGGAAAUUUCUACCACAGUAUGAGCUAGACGUCC